GCGCGUGAUUAAAAUUUUAGCGAAAAUUAUAUAAAUCUAAAAAUAAGAACCGUGUAUUACGUUUGCUACUACGCUAGAUUGUUUUGUUCAAGUGACGAAAUUAAUCAAUGUACUCUUAUCGCUAAUCGCAAUUUUCUCUCGUAAAUGGCUCUGGCUCGCGCUUAUAACGGUGUUAGCGCGCUAACCGUUACUUGUACGGUCUCUAGCUAAACCUAUGUCGAUGUUCAAUGCGUCUUCGAAAGAAAGAGACACAGCUGAUCUGUUAUCCUCUCGUCUUCCCGCGGAUUUAUGUAACUUAUGCUAGGCUUACAUGAGAAAUGCGCGUUUAGUAUGUAAAGAGAAUGGGUUGUAUAUGCGCCAAAGAGACCAUCAUGGUAAACUCGAGGAAAUACAGAGUCUGCGAGCAUCUUGGAGAAGGUGGAUUCAGCACAGUACUUUUAGUUGAAGACACAACUACACACAAAAAGUAUGCUAUUAAGAAGAUUAUCUGUCAUGGACCAGAGGAUCAACAAUUAGCAAUGAAAGAAGUUGAAUAUUACAAGCUAAUAAAGCAUCUUAACGUUAUAGAAUGUGUAGAUUUUGUUUGCAAGGACAUCACAGAUCCAGUUGUACAUACAAUGAGUCAAGUGUUAAUUGUUUUACCAUAUUAUCAUAGAGGAACUUUAGCAAAUGAAUUAGAACGACGAGCAAAAAAUGGCGAUUACAUGAGUUCUAUAGAUAUUCUCAGCAUUUUUCUACAGAUUUGUGAAGGUGUGAAAGCAUUUCAUGAAGCUAAACCAGAACCUCUUGCUCAUAGAGAUUUAAAAACUGCAAAUAUAGUACUUAGCGACGAUGGGACACCUGUUAUUAUGGAUUUGGGUUCUGUAGCAAUUGCCAGAGUUCAAGUGUGUGGUACUCAAGCUGCGCGAACUUUACAAGACUUGGCAGCUGAAAGAUGUUCCAUGCCAUAUCGAGCACCAGAAUUAUUUAAUGUCGAGAGUUAUUGCAUGGUUGAUGAACGAACAGACAUCUGGUCAUUGGGAUGUAUACUAUAUGCAUUAUGUUACUUUAAAUCUCCUUUCGAUACUGUUUACGAACGAGGCGACAGUGUAGCUCUUGCUGUGAUGAGCGCACAUAUAACAUUUCCAGAAGAUACUCCAUAUAACGAGGACAUGCAAAAUUUAAUCUUGUCCAUGUUGAAAGUCAAUCCGAUGGAACGUCCAUAUAUAUACAGCGUGAUAGAAAAUGUGCACGAUACCAUUGCCAAAUUGGAAGGUAGAGUGUAAUCAUUGGCACAUCGAAGCACACAUAUAAUAUUGCCAUGUGUUACCUGAGCGAUGUGUUUGAGAAAUAUCAUGUAAUGUUAGCAAUAUAUAAGGAAGAAAAGGGGAGAAAGAGAUAGAAAGAUAGAACAAAUAAUGAUGUGGUAAGAAUAGUGGAAGGAAAAGCUGAAAAAGUUGCAUUUUAUUUUGUAAAUGACGAAUACAACUAUCGAUUUUUAUACAAGUCUACAAGCAAUAUAAACAAAUAUUAUACUAUGAACUGCACAAUACAUUGAGAAAUUGUAUUAUAAACUUAAAAAUAAUCAAGCUAAAAAGAAGUUUACAACUACAAUAAUCAUAAUGAUAAUAAUUAGAACAAGACAUGAAACAUUGUAGAGAUUAAAGUUUAUUCUUAUAAUUUA